AUGCACACCAAUACACAAAUAAAACGCAAGCCCGCCCCCCAGACCAUCUCUCCGGACGGCACCAUCCGCGGCGUGAUAACUGUGUCGCCUGCACCAACACCACCGCCACAACCAUGCGUAUCUUCAAAGCAACAGCUACAGGUCCACCAACAACCACUAACACAACCACCAUCACCACGUCCUCAUCGGCCCCCACCACCAUACACACCACCCCUCCCCAUCCGCUCCGCAACCACGUACAAUGAACCAGCCUAUCCACCCCGUACCCCUUCCCCUCUCCCACCACCACCCCCUCGCUCCGCAACAACCCCAACACCAACAGGCCCCUCCACCGCCCAAAAAGCCUACAACGAAGCCACCCACUUCCUCGGCGGCCUCAUAACACACCCCACAAGCAGCACAAAGCACACCACCAUCCUGCGCCACUCCUCGGGCAUCGUCUUCUACCGCGGCAGCACCACCUCCGUAACCAUCUCCAUCUUCUCCGACACGUCCCUCCCACCCACUCGCACCCUCUACCUCCAAAACAAAGGCUGGAGCGGCAAAACCGGCAUGAAAACUAAAGCCUUCCUCGGCUUUACCGACUCCUGGCUAAACGUCACCCCGACACUCCCCGUGCACGCGCAGCAAGUCGACCCGGUCGACGAGCGCGCCUGGCAGCGCGACAUUGGCAAGUUUCGCAAGAAGGCAACAGGGCGCGAGAGGCAGCAUGUUCUGCGCGAGACGAUGGUGGUGAGAAUUCCUGUGGAGGCGGGGGAUGGGUACUUCCAGCUUGUGCUUUGCGGGGAUGGUGAGAACAGGAGGAAGGUUAUGUGCUAUAGUCCCGUGUUUCGGGUGUUGUCGACAAGUUUGAGUCCCAGUUCGUGUAGGGGUGCGAGUUUGUCGACGAUGCCGUUGGAGGUUGGAGCCAUGGUGCUGGGGAUGUAUGUCCAGACUGCCGCCGAGGCUGUCGUUGCGCCGGUUACUGCGGCGGUGCAGAGUAAGGUGCAGCCGUAUCAGCCGAGUUGGGUGACGCAGACGGCGGCGGAGACGGCGGUUUCGGUUAGUGGGGUUGGAGAUAGAGUCGGGUCGGUGUUGGGGGUGGGGGGGCCCGACGAUGAUGAAGAUGGUGGUGGUGGGAGUGGAAAUGGGUUGAGGGAUGUACAGGCGGGGUAUCAGCUUGCGUUGGAGGAAGGGCCGAAGCCGCCGUUUCCGGUGGAUCUUACAGCGAGGGUGGAGGCCGUGGAUAGUGAGGGGCUUCGGUUUAGGGUUGGUAAGGUGCCUGAUAUGGUACUGGAUCGGUAUCGUGGGUAUUUCUUUGGGUGGGCGAGGGUUGAGGGUGUUGAGGCUACGGCGGAGAGAGGACCAGGUUUAGCCUCGGGAGCGUGGCAGGGCGUCGUGUUCUCGAUUGUAUACUUUGAUCCGACGCAGCAGGAGAGAGUCAAUCUCUCGCGCACCAUGAAGAAGGUCACGACUGUGCGCUUCAUCGACGAGCCUGUCGUGCCGCUGAGAGCUCAAACGAAGCUUCAGAUCCGGAUUAUGGGAUUCCUGCGUCCGGAUGUCCCUCCGCCCAGAAACCAGACGGAGAAGGAUCUCAUAGCUGCGCGCGAGGCAGCCGCUGAGGCGGCUAUGUUAGCUGAUGCGUGCGAUGUGUCGUAUGCGCAGAGCAUUCUUGAACAUCCCGCCUGGGCAACGGAUAGGGCCCUGGUGUCGGGGACACGAGGUAUGGGAACCAAUGGAGCGAGUGGAAGUGGAAGUGGAGGCUGGAUGGAUAGAACUAGAGAAGGUGUGGAGAACGUCAAGUAUCGGGGGCAGAAGUUGGCAGAGAAGGUUCCCUUGCAUUGGAUCGGGGUCAGGGCUCCGACGGAUGAGGCAAGGGAUAAGCAGAUUGCCGUGAAUGGGUUUUAUAUAGUUCGAGGGUGA